GGUUUCAUCCCUCUUAUGGCCGGAGCUUGUUGUAAGUGUCUGGUCACCCUCUCGGUGUUCAAACGCUCGUUAACUGUCACGCCGCGGAGCCCUGGACCCGCCUUACGGUCAAUCUUCUCCGGGGGAAGGCGCGACCGUGGCAUGCAGGAAGGAUGUUGGGCCGCCCGGCCGAUCCUGUUGAGAACCGCAGCUUCUUACAGACAACCCAUGUUUCUCUGUUUCUCAUGCCAGGACUCCAUGAGGGACAGUCUGCGGACAUGCUACCUCUAUCUAAAUCAGACCAGUCGAAGUUUCGCCGCUGUUAUCCAAGCACUAGACGGAGAGUUACGACAUGCGGUGUGUAUCUUCUACCUGGUCCUGCGUGCCUUGGACACUGUAGAAGAUGACAUGAGCAUCCCUCUGGAGAAGAAGGUGCCAAUGCUCAACGACUUCCACACCUACCUCUACCAGGCUGAGUGGUGCUUCAAGGAGAGCCAGGAGAAGGACAGGCAGGUCCUGGACGACUUCCCAACGAUUUCUCUGGAGUUCCGGAACCUGGGUCAGGAGUACAGGGACGUCAUCUCAGACAUCUGCCACCGCAUGGGGGUGGGGAUGGCCGAGUUCCUGGAGAAGAAAGUAGGCUCCAUGAAGGAGUGGGAUCAGUACUGCCACUAUGUGGCGGGGCUGGUGGGGAUCGGCCUGUCCCAGCUGUUCUCAGCCUCUCAGCUGGAAGACCCUGAGGUGGGCGGCGACACAGAGCUGGCCAACUCCAUGGGCCUGUUCCUCCAGAAGACCAACAUCAUCAGAGACUACCUGGAGGACACACAGGAGGGACGGCAUUUCUGGCCACAAGAGGCAUGGAGCCAGUUCUCCUCUCACCUGGAGGACUUGGCCCAGCCUGACAAGCUGCACUCCGCCCUGUCCUGCCUCAACCUCCUGGUGACUGACGCCCUCCGCCACGUCCCCGACGUCAUCGCCUACCUCGGCCGUCUGCGCAACCAGAGCGUCUUCAACUUCUGCGCCAUACCACAGGUGAUGGCGAUAGCGACCCUCUCUGCAUGUUACAACAACCCUCAGGUGUUCCAGGGUGUGGUGAAGAUCAGGAAGGGACAAGCUGUUACACUGAUGAUGCAGGCAACCAGUAUGGCCACCGUGCAGAGCAUCAUAGCCCAAUACAGCCAAGAGAUCCUCCAGAAGGUGUCCUUGUCUGACCCCUCCAGAGACCAGACUCUGCGUAUCCUGACUGGGAUUCAGGAGAAGUCCUCCUUGUCCCAGUCCAGUCUCCCGUCCCGCACCCACCACCUCUCUCCCAUGUACCUCUCUGCUGCCAUGCUCCUCGCCGCACUCAGCUGGCAGUACCUCAGUACUGUAGCUGCUGCGCAGGCUCCGGGAACCUCCGACAUGAAGGGAAACUGAGCCUGGCUUUAGCCCAGCUCACCCUCAUCCGUUCUGGGGUGCACAGACUGAGAACACCCCCUCUCUCACUUCCUCUUGGAAGUCUUGUUCUCCUCUUGUCAUAGAGAUGUCCAGUCUCUUACCAAGCUGUCCUGUUCAAACCCACUGUACACUUGAUGAACGAACAAAGAUCAUUUCAAAUAGUAUCUGCAAUACUUUAAAUACUUAAAGUGUAAAGAGUGUUUGCUUGAGUCCGAUGGAUUGUGUUUGGUUUUGUUGGAACCAGCCAACUGGUUAAUUUCUGCCAGGCAAGACUUUUGGCCCUUGUUUGUUUGGGUCAGAUAAGGAAACAGGAUUGUUGUGUUGGUAUGUUUGACAGAGAUGUACCGUAGUCCAUCUUACUUCCUGCAACCCACACCAUAUGAACAGGUAGUUAGAUACAGUAAGUGGUGAUUUUCUUCUUGUUUAUUUUUAAAAUAAAAUCUUUGUUUUUUAGGAAACCUACAAAACCUAAAAAGUUUCCCUGUCAGGUUUAGAGUUUUCAGAGCAAUCCUUUGUUUAUUUGUGGACGCUUUAAUGAAUCCAUAGAUGUUUUAUUUUGGAUUUAAGGGAUUUCUUUUAAAAAUACAUAUAUAUUAUAGAAAUAUAAUAUUAUUCACACUUUCAUAAUUGUCAGUGUGAGUGUGGGUUACACUUUCUGAUGUGUCGGCGUGAUUAGGAGACAAAUCACACAAGCAAAUUCACAUUCACAGAACAAUACUGCUUUUCUUCAUCUCAGUUCUUUAAUUUGGUUAGCUUUUUUCUAAUCAGUAGUCAGUCCUAAUAUAAUAUGUAAUCUCAAAAGAAUGCUUUUGUUCCCAUGUUUUAGUCUACAUUGAAGAGGCCAAGUCGUAUUCACUGUUAAUAUGGAUUCAGUUUCCUCUCAUGCUACUACUACCUUUGGUCCCAAUAGUCAAAUGUGGUUUUGUUUGGGCAGUUUCCCACAAUGAAAUGUGUGCAAGCGUAACAUUUACGUUUGCACAGCACUUAAAUCCAAGUUUCUUUAUCUUGGACCUAAGGAUUCUUCCAGAUGAAUGGAAGUUGAGGACGAGGUGAGGAAGUGACUAGACACUGGGUUUGACUGGGGGACAGACGAGAGCAUAGUAGAGAGUGCAGCUAGAUGGGAGAUAGCAGGCUGCUAAGUGUCCUUAAAGCACAGCUUUGGUGAGUAGAAAGACUAGACGUGUAACUUUAUACGGAGCCAAAGGAGACUUAUAAACAUUGCUAUGUAAUGUGAUAAUUUGAUUUGUAAAUAAUUUAACAAAUAUAUACCAAAUUAAACGGUG